AUGAAGUCGAUAUGGUAUGCUGCCCACUAUCCCUCAGCAUAUGCGUUGCAACCGCUGACAGUUAUUUGCACAGCUCCACCUGCAAAGCAAGACAUCUCAGAUCGUCAAGGCGACGGAAAGCUACCCAAGUGCAGUAACUGCAAAAAGGCACGCUCACGGCCGGAUUGCACGUAUCCUGGCGCCACGUUUCGUCAGAGCCAGCUCUCUAUUCUAGCCACAGAGGCGGCGAGCAGCCCGUCCCUGGAAGCCUGCUCCGUAUCAACUCCAUACGAGACGGUCACAAACAACAUUGCGGCAGCAGAUCAUAGCCCGACUGAUUAUCCCUCGCAUGGUGUCAUCUCCGCCAACCCCCCAGCUGAACAUAGUGCUGACCAGGAAGUUGGGCACCAUGCAAGCUUUGGAACCACUGGUAGCUUCGAGACUGGCGAUUCGCCCCAGAGCAUGUGGAUGUACCUGAGCCCAGCGAACCCGCAAAACUUCGAAGGGCUCAAAAUUUGGAUCUCUAACAAGUCCCAUGUCACGGGGACUAACCCAACAACGGAUCGUGCGGAGCUAAGUGCGAGAGCGCUCGAUAAUCUCCACGAGAAAGUCAAGAUAAGUGAAGAGGAAAGAAUAGUUUUUGAGUUUUAUUUGCAGCAUGCGGGUGUCUGGCUCGACAUCGUGUCAUUAGACCAGUGCUUUGCCCAGACUGUACCCCAGCUCUCAAUCGAAACACCGGUUCUUUACCGGUCUUGCCUCGCCUACGGAGCCCGAAUUAUGUAUCUUUGGGAUCUGAAGUCACGCGCCAGCGCCGAUGAUUAUCAUAACCAAGCAAUCCAGCUCCUCAUACCCUUGCUCGGCCCCAAGAUACCCACCGCCGCCACAGACGUACUACUCGCGAUAACAGUGGUUCUCCGCAUGUCUGAGCAGUUCUCCGAACCCGGUGAGGACGCGCAGUGCCACAUGAAUGGUGCAUUCUCCUUGUUCACUAGCUCUAGAUCCAAAUGGGGUCCAGACCGGGUGGAUAUCCAGGGGACUUCCUUUUGGGUUUUCGUUCGGCAGAGCCUGAGGAUAUCUUUCCUGUCUGAACAGGAAUGCCGCUUUGACCUCAAUCUUGUUGAUGACAGUAACAUGCUAGCUCCAGCACGUGAUGAUAUCUGGACAAAUAGAAUGACUUACAUACUCGCCAAAGCAUGUCGCAUUUGCUGGUCGCCCACCAUGAAACCCGAGGAGCUGGAUCGUAACCUGGACACGCUCGAGACCGAGGUCAACGAGUGGCGCGGCGCGCUGCCGCAGACCUUUGAACCUUGGUAUUUCAAUCAUGCACCAUCGGAGCCGUUUCCAACGAUGCGGUACUUUAGCCGGUGGCAUGCGCGCUUGGCAUGUGGGGUGGUCCUGUCGGAAAAGGAUAUUGGUGUUGGGAUCAACGGAGCACAUCAUGCCUACUGGUGUGGACAGUUCUUCACCGGCUGUGAAGAACAGCGGACAUUGCUUAGAUGGCUGAAUGACUUCAUGGAGCAAUCGAAAUGGCCGAACAAGACAACGAUCAAACGGCUUCAGGAGCUUUGGCGCCUGGACGAAGCAGGGACCAAAGACUCUAGCCAGCCUCCGAUAAUUUAG